GACAGAUUUGUACCUUGUCAGCUCGGGGAUUUGAACUUGCAACCUUCCGGUUGCAAGUUCUAGCAGGUUGUUGAUGUGAUUCUAGCCUGUCAGAACAGGAGAUGUGUUGUUAGAACUAGCAGGUUGUUGAUGUGAUUCUAGUCUGACUGAUAAUGAGAGUGGGCAGGGCUGAGGCUUUUAGGACACACCCACUAGUGUAGAGAGGAGGAUAUGGGCUGGUUGCUGUUCUGCAGUACCUUAUUAUUUCCUCAUCUCUUCUCCUCACAUCAUCUCAUUUCACUCCUCCUCCUCAACAGUGACUAAUCCAAGCCAGAAGCAUUAGCCAGCUCAGGUACUCUCAACACUCUCUGAUUCUGAGCUACAUUACCAAGACCAAGCUACUACUACUACUGUCACUGUGUUACUAGCCAGCUCAGAGCGGUUGGCAGAAUGUCUCUGCUGCUUUGUUGUGUAGUAAUGGCUCUGCACCUCGCAACAGGGCUGGAUGCUGCCCCGGGGGUGGUGAACACUACAGAGGAGGAGGUGGAAGGGGUGGACUCCCAGUCACCAUGCCCAGCCGGGUGGCAUCAGAAUGAGCAUCGCUGCUUCUCCUUCUACCCCGUCUGGGCCACCUGGGCCACUGCAGAGUUGUACUGCUCCCAGCACAGAGGGAACCUGGUGUCGGUUCACAGCCCGGGUCAACAGGUGUUUGUCCAGAAUCUGGUCAGGAGACACACAGACCAGCCGGUCUGGAUAGGAGGCUACGAUGCAGCUCAGGAGGGGAUGUGGCUGUGGAGUGACGGCUCAGCUGUUGACAGUUUCUACUGGGAGGAGGAUGAGCCCAGUAACUCUGGACAGGGGGAGAACUGUAUGGAGCUACACACUGGAGGUGGGCAGGGCUGGAAUGACGUGUCCUGUGGAGAGCUGAGGUUCUAUGUGUGUUCUAUGGAGACAAGAUCUGAUUUAGCAUCAUUACCAAGUCUGAAGAAAUCACAUGAGAGAGAGCUGGUUGACGAGGUGAGUAUUUAUGAUGUCCUGUGGGAGACCAGUGAGAGAGUAGCAGAUGAGAUCCUCUACUCAGCCUUCCUCAGAGGGAUGUAUUCCAGACGUCUGCCUGCCCGCUGCUAUGCUGACUUCUGCCACCAGGAGGUGCUAUACCUGGACAGAGUCAUCCCCAUGCUGCGGCUGCUGAUCAGAACAGUCCAGGGUCCUCCAGACAUCAUGCUGUUUCUCCAGAGAACACAUCAACGCUACCAGGAGUCUCUGAAAGAGGCCCAGAACCAAACUCCACCACACCUGAACCUGUCCUCCAUCCAGCCCUCUGCAGCUGUGCGUCAGUACCUCCAGAGCUUCCAUGACAUUGUGAAUGAGGAGCCCAUCUACUGGCUGGUGUCUCUUCUGCCCAGAGCCCUCCUCAGACCUUACCUGGCACAGAACCUGCCCCUGGGAGAGAGGACCAGACCCAGCCCCUGCCUCUACCCCUGGCUAAGCCUCUUCCCCUGCCCAUGCUACCAGUGGGGGGGAGAUGACAUGAAGCCAGACCAGAGGAACCAGAAGGACAAGUCAGGGACAUAUUACAGGCAUCUACUGGAGAAGUACCAGGAUGUGAUAGACGUCUAUAAGGCUGUCAACAUCUUCAGAGUCCAGAUGAUCAACGAGAAGACUCUCUUCACCUCCAGCUGGUUUCCCACUGGUGACGAGGAGGAAGAGGAGGACCAACCCAACCUGUGGUCUGUGGAGUCUGGUCCUGACGUUAGGGUGAAGCUGUAGCAGUGCAGCUGUAGAAUACAGGGAGCUGAGUGUGUAAGGCUGUGUGUUGUUGGUUUUAUAAUAAUAAAUAAUAAUAUAUGCCAUUUAGCAGACGCUUUUAUCCAAAGCGACUUGGCAGGACUGUUCCUGUUGUCAGACAUAUUCUACUUUUAUGUUGGAAACUUCUCCAAAAUAACUACUGUUCAGGCUGUAUCAACACAAUAACAUAAUGAAUGUACACAUUUAAUUAUUGUCAACAAAGGGGCUACAAUAAAUUAAAAAACAUUUAGGUAAUAAAAUCAUAGAAUGAAACUGUG